AUAUGAUGUUUAAUAACACUAAAUAAUUAUUUUUUUACUAUAAUUAGCGUCGUGUUAACUCCGAGAAACAGUAGGAAAGUUCAAAUGCGGUUUUCUUGUUUUCACGACAUACUUCUGUUAAGAGAAGUAGUGGCUAUAAAUCCCUAUGCAUAUGAAAAUCCGAAAGAUGCUUGGAAAAGUAUAUCGGAAAAUUUACGGACGUUUUACACCGUCGACGGUAGAAGAUGCCGGGGAAGAACAACUUCACUUCACAUUACAUUAAAAAUAUUAAAUAAAUAAAUAAUUUUUGGAUUAAAAUCGUCUGUUUCUUUACAAUGUUAUUUAUAAAUGCUUAAAUAAUCGUUAUUUUAAUAAAAUAAAUCAUAAUUUUAACCCCAAACACGAAAAAAAUGAAGACGUUUAAGCCGAUCGUGUUCUCACCAAGCUACACGUAGCAAACGCCAUUAUCGACGGUCCAGAACUGCCAGAUGGCGGCGCUCACUCGUUAGCCGUACACGUUUUGGGCUAAAUACGUGUGCCUCAAGCUCUCUACUGUAUCCGGAGUUAAAAGUAUCGAUAUGUUAGUUCAAAGGAAAAUUUGGCAAGGUAUCGUGGGGAACGAUAUUCGCUUUCGUCUGGCACCUCAUUUGCAUAAACGAUUCGUCGAAGUCUUCGCGUCUGGCCGUUACGGUAAGUUGCACCCACCGCCACCACCUGUGUCGACUGGGCUAAUUUCGUUAGGCACACGAUGAUGGUUUCUCUCUUUUUAAUUUGAUUACGAGUUCGAAAAUUGGCGACCGCGGAAAUAGACGAGACGGUCGCAAACAAGCGUAAAUACGAAAAAGAAAGGAAGAGAGCGUCGCGACGGCGGAAAGAAGCGCGCUAGAGUAGCCGAAUGACCUACGACGACGACGACGUUACAAAUGGCAACGAAUGCAGCUGUUCUCGAAAAAUGGGUUGAAAAAUGGGAAGCAAAUAAAAUUCCUUGGCAUAGAACAAUAAAUAAUCGGUUUUUAUUGAACUAUUAUGAUAAACUGAUAAAUGGAAGGUCGUCAAUACAAAUAUUCUUCCCUAUGUGUGGAAAAUCUAUUGAUAUGAAAUGGUUGUAUGAUAAAGGCCACAAAAUUGUUGGAGUUGAAUAUUGUGAAAAAGCAAUAAAGGACUUUUAUGAAGAACAAGGCUUACAAUAUGAAGUUGAAAAUGUUGAAAGUGUGAAAGGAAAAUUGUUUAAGACUUCUGAUGACAAUAUCAAAAUAUUUUGUUGUGAUAUCUUUUUAUUUAACAAAGAAUAUGCUGGUUUAAUGGAUGCUGUUUGGGAUCGUGGGGCUUUUGAAGCUGUUGAAAAGGAAGACAGGAAAAGGUAUUUUAUUAAUAGCAUAUUGAAACUUUCUUAUUUACAAAAUGCAUUUCAAUUAUGUAAUAAUUGA